AUGGUGAACUUCGCACGCCCUGUAGCCUCGACUAUCUCCGGGGUCGACUUCAACGUCUACUCCGAGGAAGAGAUUAAAGCUCUCUCGGUCAAAAGAAUUCACAAUACUCCGACCUUGGAUUCGUUCAACAACCCGGUCCCCGGUGGUCUUUAUGAUCCUGCGCUGGGCGCAUGGGGAGACCAUGUGUGUACUACAUGUCGCUUGAACUCUUGGUCGUGCACCGGCCAUCCCGGGCACAUUGAACUCCCAGUACCCCUCUAUAACGUCACCUUCUUCGACCAUAUUUUCCGUCUUCUUCGAGCACAAUGUGUCUACUGUCAUCGUCUGCAGAUGUCUCGUACCCAGGUCAAUUUGUACUCGUGCAAGUUGCGCCUCUUGCAAUACGGCUUGGUCGACGAAGUGGCAGCAGUAGAUGCGAUUGGAUCUUCAAAGGGUGCUAAAUCGAAGGGGUCGAAGGGGAAAGAUGACUCUGGCGACGAAGAAGAGGAGGACGAUGAAGACAUCAUGGAAAAACGCAAUUCAUAUGUCACCCGGCGCAUCCGAGAAGCCAAAAAGGAUGGCAAGCUGGAUGGGCUGAUGGCUGGCGCAAAGAAUCCAAUUGCCGCAGAAUAUCGUCGAGAGUUGAUCAGGAACUUUCUCAAAGACAUCACCAGCCACAGGAAAUGCGCCAACUGCAGCGGAAUUUCCCCAUCGUAUAAAAAAGAUCGCUACAGCAAGUUUUUCCGGAAGCCGUUACCCGAGAAGGCAAGACUUGCGAUGUUGCAAGGUGGAUUCCAAGCACCAAAUGCGAUGGUUAUGCUGCAACAGGAAAGGAAGCAUAAUUCCAAGCAAAAUGGUGCUCAGGCAAACGGAAUUUCUGAUACCGGUAGCGUUGUUUCCGAAGUACAUGGCGCCGAAGAAGAGAUUCGUCGGGGUGCCGCUGUCACCAAGCAGGCGGGCCCACAAGGUGAGACAGGUCAGGAGUUCAUGUCUUCUUCAGAGGUCUACAGCGCCCUGCGGCUUCUAUUCCAAAAGGAUGGCGAGGUCCUCCAGCUCGUAUAUAACUCGCGGCCCGUGCCGAAAGGAGUGACAGUGGUGACAGCCGACAUGUUUUUUAUCAAGAGCAUUCUCGUUCCGCCAAACAAAUACCGCCCCGCUGCCGCACAAGGCCCUGGCGAGAUCAUGGAGGCACAGCAGAACACCCCGUUCAACUCUAUCUUGAAGCAAUGUGACAACAUCAACCAAAUCAGCAAGGAGAUCCAGAACCAGGAGGAGCAAAGUCUUGCUCGGGUGCGGAAUUACAGUGAUCUACUUCAGGCAAUCGUCUCGCUUCAGGACAUGGCUAACGGGUUGAUUGACCGUGACCGAACCAGUCUUACUGGAUCGGCUGCCCUGUCAGCACCUAACGGCAUCAAGCAGAUUUUGGAGAAGAAAGAAGGGUUGUUCCGUAAGAACAUGAUGGGAAAGCGAGUUAACUUUGCUGCCCGAAGUGUCAUUUCUCCUGACCCGAACAUUGAGACUAAUGAGAUUGGUGUGCCCCUUGUGUUUGCGAAGAGGUUGACGUUCCCAGAACCUGUGACAAAUCACAAUUUCUGGGAACUGAAAGAGGCUGUGAUCAAUGGACCGGACAGGUAUCCUGGUGCCUCUUCGAUCGAGAACGAAAAUGGCCAAGUCAUCAACCUCAAGUUCAAGAGCUUGGACGAGCGGACUGCACUGGCAAACCAACUGCUUGCUCCAUCGAACUGGCGGAUGAAGGGCUCACGAAACAAGAAGGUCUACCGCCAUCUCACCACGGGUGAUUAUGUCCUGAUGAACCGUCAGCCGACUCUCCACAAGCCAUCCAUCAUGGGUCAUAAGGCUCGCGUGCUCCCCAAUGAAAGGACCAUUCGAAUGCACUACGCCAACUGUAACACCUACAACGCGGAUUUUGAUGGUGACGAGAUGAACAUGCACUUCCCCCAGAAUGAACUUGCUCAGGCAGAAGCCCGGAUGUUGGCAGACGCCGAUCACCAGUAUCUUGUUGCCACAUCCGGCAAACCCCUGAGAGGUUUGAUUCAGGACCAUAUUUCCAUGGGAACAUGGUUCACAUGCCGCGACAGCUUUUUCGACGAGGAAGACUAUCACCAGCUGCUGUACAGCUGCUUGAGACCGGAGAACUCACACAUUGUCACUGAUCGAAUCCAACUUGUGGAGCCCGCAGUGCUCAAGCCGAGAUACAUGUGGACCGGAAAGCAGGUGAUCACGACAAUCCUCAAGAACAUCAAGCCCCAAGAACGCGCGGGUAUCACUCUUAAGAGCAAGUCCUCUACCCCGGGUGACCGAUGGGGCAAGGGCAAUGAGGAAGGAGAGGUCAUCUUUAAGGAUGGGGAGUUCCUGUGCGGUAUUCUUGACAAAAAGCAGCUUGGUCCGACUGCUGGAGGUCUCAUUGAUUCAAUUCACGAGAUCUACGGCUAUGCUACUGCUGGAAAGCUGAUUGGUGUUCUUGGACGACUCCUCACUCGGUUCUUGAACAUGCGGGCAUUCACCUGUGGUAUCGAUGAUCUCCGAUUGACCAAGGAAGGUGACCGCAUCCGCAAGGAGAAGCUGAGCACGGCCGCGAACAUGGGCCGAGAAGUCGCUCUGAAGUACGUGACACUGGACCAGACCACAGUGCCUGACCAGGAUGCCGAGUUGAACCGGCGAUUGGAAGAGGUGCUUCGCGAAGACGAGAAGCAAAGUGGUCUUGAUAGUGUCUCAAACGCCAGGUCUGCGAAAUUGUCCUCCGAAAUCACCGGGGCCUGUCUUCCUGCCGGUCUUGCCAAGCCCUUCCCCUGGAACCAGAUGCAGUCGAUGACGAUAUCUGGAGCCAAGGGUUCAGGUGUCAACGCCAACCUGAUCUCUUGCAACCUGGGCCAACAGGUUUUGGAAGGUCGUCGUGUGCCGGUCAUGAUCAGCGGCAAAACUUUGCCAUCAUUCCGAGCCUAUGAAACUCACCCCAUGGCUGGUGGCUAUGUCUGCGGUCGUUUCUUGACUGGAAUCAAGCCCCAGGAAUACUAUUUCCACGCCAUGGCUGGCCGUGAAGGUCUGAUUGAUACUGCAGUUAAGACCUCGCGUUCCGGUUAUCUGCAGCGUUGCUUGAUUAAGGGUAUGGAAGGGUUGAGAGCCGAAUAUGAUUCAUCUGUGCGUGAGGCAUCCGAUGGCUCCAUUGUCCAGUUCUUGUACGGAGAGGACGGUUUGGACAUCACCAAGCAGGUUCACCUUAACGACUUCGACUUCCUCGCCCAGAACUACCGUUCGAUCUCGAAGCAGGUCAAAUCCGACGAUUUCCACAGGUUGGAAAAGAAAGAGGUUACCAACUGGCACAAGGAUGCGAUGAAGGCGGUCCGCAAGACCGGAAAGUUCGACGCGAUGGACCCGGUUCUGUCGCUUUACCACCCUGGAGGUAACCUGGGUAGUACCUCCGAGACAUUUGCUCGGGCACUUAAGAAGUAUACGGACAGCAACCCGUCUAAUAGCUUGUCAGACAAGAAGAAGAACAUCCAGGCUGAACUUGGCAAGAAAACAUUCGAUAUCCUGAUGAACAUGAAAUAUCUGAAGUCUAUCAUCGAUCCCGGCGAGGCAGUUGGAAUCAUGGCCGGUCAGUCUGUUGGAGAACCGUCGACGCAGAUGACUUUGAACACCUUCCACUUGGCUGGUCACUCCGCAAAGAACGUGACGCUGGGUAUUCCUCGACUGCGUGAAAUUGUCAUGACUGCAAGUGCUUCAAUCAUGACGCCCACCAUGACACUGCUUUUGAACGAGGAGAUCCCCAAGGAUCACGCAGAACAGUUCGCUAAGGGCAUCAGCAAGCUGAGCAUUGCCGAAGUUGUGGACAAGGUGCAAGUUAGGGAACGAAUUGCCCCAGGCAUUGCCUACUCGACGGCCAAGAUCUACGAUAUUGAGGUGAACUUCUUCCCCGCUGAGGAAUACACCAAGGAAUAUGCCAUCCAGAUCAAGGAUGUCCAGAAUGCCCUGCAGACCAAGCUCAUUCCUCGGUUGGUCAAGCUCACCCGGGUAGAGCUCAAGAAGCGCCAGGAGGACAAGAAGGGAAGCAAGUCUUCGGUUGCCCGGCCGGAAAUUGGUGUCUCGGUCGGCAGAGUCGCAGAGGCUCCCCGAGGCGCCGACGCGGAGGCCGAACCGGCCGACGAUGACAACGAAGAUGACGAGGAUGAUGCCAAGCGAGCUCGCGGUAACCAGAACCGGAGCAACCAAGUCUCUUAUGAAGGGCCCGAUGACGACGAGCAAGCCAUCAUUAGGCGGCAGGACUCUCCCGAGGUGGAGGAUGAUGACCUCGAGAUGGGCCAGUCUGGCAGCGCGACUCGCGACGUAGAAAUGGAGGACGGUGAUUCCGAGAGUGACUCGGAUGACGAGGGUGCUCAGGACGUCAAGCUCCGCGAGGAAGACGUCAAGGGCAAGUUCUCCGAAAUCACCAAGUUCAAGUUCGACCCCAAGAAGGGCACCUCGUGCACCAUCCAGCUGCAGUACGACAUCGAGACCCCCAAGCUCCUGCUUCUGCCUCUGGUGGAAUCGGCUGUCCGCUCGGCUGUCAUUCAGUCCAUCCCAGGAAUUGGCAACUGCGUUUUCGUUGAGGCGGACGAGCUGAAGGGCGAACCUGCGAACGUGAUCACCGAAGGUGUCAACCUGCUUGCCAUGCGUGACUACCAAGACAUCAUCAAGCCGCACUCGCUCUACACCAACUCCAUCCACGACAUGCUCCACCUGUACGGUGUCGAAGCCGCCCGCGCUACCAUCAUCAGUGAAAUGGACGCCGUCUUCAAGGGUCACAGUAUCUCCGUGGACAACCGCCACUUGAACCUGAUCGGUGACGUGAUGACACAAUCCGGUGGGUUCAAGGCUUUCAGUCGUAACGGCCUGAUCAAGGACUCGACGUCGCCAUUCGCCCGUGCCAGUUUUGAGACCACCGUUGGCGCCCUGAAGGACACGGUGCUCGAGCGAGGCCUGGAUAACCUCAAGAGUCCCAGUAGUCGCAUCGUCGUGGGCCGCACGGGUACCGUUGGAACCGGCGCCUUCGAUGUUCUGGCUCCUGUAGCAUAG